AAACACAUUUACCCGGUACCCACGUCUGCUCGCUGGGAGAUACAACUCGGCUUAGAGUAGUUGCCCUUGGUUCACUUCAUAAACUUUCCCCUCCACUCCUACUGCAUGGCGCAUGUGUGGUGAAUUCAUAAGCACUUAGUCAACCCCCCGUGAAGAUUUGUAAACAAAUUGACCCAAUGAUGCGUGACCCGCGUCCAGUCUGUUUGUGUGUGCACAUGGGGCUAAGUCCCAAACAAAAGAAAUAAUUCCCGAUUUGCAACAGAGGAGCAGUCCUAGUGUACCAUGAAGAGGAUUAUAUUUCUCUGUGCUGUUCUCAGGUAGCUUCCGGGUUUGAGGAUUGGACAAACAAUUUCAGUAGUAAUUAAGUUCAUGGAUAUCUAUUGACAACGGUGCAACAAAAACUUUACAUUAACAUAUCCACCCACACGAAAAAAAGUUGCAUAUAGAGAGGUUGGAAACCUGGCAGACCAAGCGCAGAGAGCAAGGUCUUUAGAAUGUCGUCUGCUGAGGAGUCGCCAUUUUGAGGUUCGUCAUCAAUCAUUAAAGAUCGUAAUGCAACCUCCACAUAAAAAGAUCUGCUUGGAACCAACUUUUUUUUAAGAUCAAUCAUUGACACAAAGAUUGUACAUUGAGAGACGAAUUAAAAUCUCACGAAUCUCACGAGCAAAUUUGAUUGAAUUCAUUUUCUGCUGGAGUCUAAUGUUUGCAGAGGUAGGAUGACUCCAGGCUGGGAAAUCCACGGAAGGGCUAACAUAACUUUGGUUUGUGCCGACUAUUUCUGUACAGACUUCCUCCUGACAGUGACAUCAAUUUGUUCUACAUUUAACCAAAGUCCUGACUUGCUCGAUAUAUUAACAAUCAACAUUUACGAGUAGAAAUGAAAUAUUAAAAUGGGAAAUGUCAUCAAGUUAGUGUGUGUAUGACCUGUUGAAGAGAUAAACAUUAUUACACGCAUCAGAUAGCCAACAGAAUAAUUUUAUUAUAGUACAGUCAAGGCAAAUCAAUAGAAAACUCAUUGUCAUAGGAAAGUAUUUUGUAGGGGUUUCGAUUUCAGGGCAUCAGUGACCACGUGACUGGAGAUCGCAUUUCGGAGCCCAGGCCUUGAUUAGCUUGAAGUCACUGGUCAUCAUAUUAUAUUACUGACCAAUCAGCCCGGCUGUCUGAUGCCGGUGUACGCUGUCAGCUGGCCACCUAACGACCAAAGUAAUGAGUGCCCGUGAUGAUCUGAGACGCCAACAUCCGAGUACCAGCUACAGCGGGCCGCGUAGAGACAAGCUGGUGUGCCGCGGCUGCACCGGCCAGGGCGCUGAACUACACCUCACGACAGCCGCCCAAGAUAUACCUCUACAUCGUCUAGAUUAUAAUUCGGACAUUAACAGACAAGCUGACUACAACCCGAGCGGUCAGAGUACGCGUAGGGUCAUUGUACAUCCAGAAGGCAGUCUCCAUUACUUCUUAAUACACAUAUUACUUCUAAUGGUCAAUCAACUGUUCAAAGUUGAGGCUAUGGAGCCAGUGUAUCCCGUGCCUGUGUUCUUACCGUGGCCAGUAAACGUGACGGCUAGACCAGGAGAAAGAGCGGUGCUACCUUGUGCAGUACACUAUCUGGGAACCAAGCAGGUCACGUGGCGUAAACUUGGAGAGAAUCAUUUUUUGUCCGUGGGUGACCAGACCUGGGUGAAGGACCCCAACCUGCAACUUCACUACAACGAGAUAACGGCAGAUGUAACGGAGUGGAACCUGGUGAUCAGGAAUGCAACCGAGGAGCACUCCGGCACGUACGAGUGCAGGAUCUCCGACUCAAAGCAGCUGAUACGUUACGUAGACUUGAAUGUCACAGGUAUUCCUGUUGCUGAAACAGCGACCAUUCCACCCAUCGCAGUGUCGGGUAAGAACUACGUGGACAGGGGUCAAGCUAUUCACCUCUUCUGUAACACCACAGGACCGAUUGGGGCUCACCUCAAAAUCGACUGGUUCAAAGACGGAGACAGGAUAGACUACCGGAGUUAUCGUCAAGUGGUUAUAACUAAUUACAAUCUGGUGGAGAAAAAUGUUCUUGUGAGUGAACUCUUGAUAGACCGCAGCCAAGAAACAGACACAGGCACCUACAUCUGCCGCUCUGCCAGCGGUCAUAUUGAGAGUAUUAAAGUCACAGUUUUAUUAGCAGCUGAUACAAACAAUGUCAAGAGGGGUUACGCAUCUAACAGAGAGUCUUCCUCUGCAGCAAGUCGGCAGUGCCUUCAACAUAUUGUACUCAUAGCUGUCUUCUUGUCUUCUAGUCUAGUAUCCUGAUAGUGGCACGCAACCACCUAAGACAUUGGCUGUGCAAUCUGACAACAACUCGAGGUGAUGAUUGUCUGGGCCAGAUACACAAAAAAAAAAAAUUAAGUCCAAAUAUGUGGAACUGUAGACACAAAGUACUACACUAACCAUGUCCUCCGAUGCGGCAUGAGAUGCCAUGGGAAUCCAGUGAACCGGCUACUGUGUUAUUCUUGUUGUUGAAUGUUUUAUAAUGAGUUCUAUUUAUAUUGAUGUGUUUCAAAAACAAAUGUACAAAUAUUAAUAAUCUUAAACCGAUGACAUUUAUAAUGUUGAUAUUUUACUCAGUUAUUGGUGUCAUUCUAAAUCAUGAUUUUGUAAUAUAAUUGACUUUUAAAUAGA